AUGGCUGGCAUGCUCGAGGAUGAUGAGACUCGCAAGAAACUGUGGACGCUGAUUGCCAAACAUACGAUCGACGCUGGAGGUGAGAUCAAGGACAUCCUGCCUUUCUUCCCUGACUUUGUCCUGAUUAACGACUUUAAGAAGGAGAUUUGCGAAUCGCUUGAGGUCUACAAUGACCGUAUUGAACAGCUGAAGGAAGAGAUGCAGGACUAUACACAGUCGGCCGAGCUGAUCCGUGCUGACAUGCAGAAGCUGCGCAAACGUUGUGCUGUCGUUUCUGGCAACCAGCGCUGUGAGCUUACGGGCCAAAAUAUUUUGGGUAAGGAAUUCUACCUUUUCCCGUGCUCCCACGCUUUUCAUGCUGGUGCACUCCCUCAAGAGAUGCAAAAGCAUCUGAAUAGCUUUUAG